AAGCUUCCUCCAGGGACUGGAGAAUUCGCUGUGCAGUACGAAACUUAGAGAACGUAAGGAAAAAUAUCAGAAAGGCACAGCAUCAGAUGAUAGAACAGGCAAAUAAGCACCGCAGACCUUCGCAGUUUGCUGUAGGAGAUUUGGUCUGGGUGAAGUCCAAGGAGUUUCUCCCAGAGGAGAACAUCUCGCAGAAGUUAUUGCCUGCGUAUAGGGGACCGUGGCAGAUACUUGACGUGGUUGGUGAUGUGGAUGGUCCUUCCUAUGUUGUUGAGAUUCCUGUGCAUUUGCACACUUACCCGGUGUUUCAUGCCUCUAAGUUGCUCCCUUGUGUCAAUAAUGAUCUAUUUCCAUCUUGGAGAUCUAUGAUUCCUCCCGAUAUGGAUGGCAAGUAUGACGUGGAUCGCAUCGUUGCAGAGGAUGUUUAUAGAUCAGGACACAAGGCUAAGGGAGGGCAUGUAGAAUGUGUGCGCCAGUUGCUGAUUGCAGCACAAACAGGACCUGUCGCCGAGUCAUGGGGCCUGGGCCGAUUCGUGAACGUGAGAGAUAGUUCGGGUUGCACGCCAUUGCACCUUGCAGCACGAGCUGGACACACAGCGACAGUCCGGAUACUUCUAGAAUAUGGUGCAUUGGUCUCAUCCUCGACCUCGGUCACUCAAGGACAGGGAAGUUUGCCUCUACACUGUGCUGCACGGGGAGGUUCUGUGGAGUGUGUCAGAGAACUGCUUGCAUGGGGUGCAGACAGGCAUCAUCGUGAUUUUCAUGGGUAUACUCCGUAUUUCAUCGCAUUGAAAUCCGGCCACACGGCGUGUGCUGCACUCCUCGACCCAUCUUCUGCAGAGCCAUUGGUAUGGCCGUCACCAUGGAAAUUCAUGAACAGACUUGACUCCGAUGUGAAGGAGCUUCUUGAGGCAUCGCUAGCAGAGGCCCAUGCGGCACGAUUCGCGAGAAGAGGUUUCCUGAAAGGUGCCGCAAGCAGAAUCACGAUAAUGCUUCCCAGUGAUGAGACAGCCAAAGGACCAGGUGUAGAUGUGGACCUGAAGCGACCUGACGACCUGGACGAGGAGCUUCUUUCAUCUGGAUUUGAACUCACGUCCGCUUUUCAAAUUUUCGCCUUUUAGGGGUGUAAGAACUGAGCUAAGCCCGUUGGUACAACUACUACACGUCUGACUUGCUCUAAGCCCGUUGGUACAACUACUACACGUCUGACUUGCUCUAGUGUUUUUAACUUUUUAUCUAACAAACAAGUUAUCAUGUA